UUUUGUACGGUGGUAUUGGCCUUUACUGUGCAAAGAAGCCUUGCACAGUAAAAUAUGUGUUUCAGUGGUUGGCAGCCAUCUUGGCUCAAGAGUGGUCAUCCUUUGCACAGCCAUUGAAUUGGAGUGGUGUCUUUUGAGGGGAGGUUGACUGAUUGAUCGGCUAGGAAUGUAGUUCUGGAUUGGCCGAUCAGUCCGUCAAUUGGCCACCUGAGAGAGACACCACAUUAUAAAAAGAACAAAGAAAGUUUGGGAGAGAGUAAUGCCGACAGAAGACUGGAAGCAGCAGGUUGUCCUCACUGUGUAUGUUGUAGCUUGGGUGCUGUUUUUGGAUGUGUUUUGGAUCAUGUUGAAGAAGAGGUCAGUUAAAAGGACUUAACCUUCCCCUAGAGUUAGGACAGGGCAGAAUUAAGGAGAACUUCCCUCCUUAUAAGUUUAGCUUAGUUCUCCCAGAGGGAGAUAUACUUUUGAUGUGUUUGUUUGCUUAAUGUUUAAAGUUUAUUUUCUGUGGAUUAAAACUGCAUGAGAGUGCUGAAUUUCAGUCUUCUGUGUCUGGGUUUGCUAUUUGGGCCACUAACCAGCCUUGAACGCAUGCCACUUUACCACAUCCUGAUAAUACAAUUUACAGAUAAGGCACAUAUUUUUGCUGGUCCCUUUAAAUCCAUAUUAACAAAAAUUGACUGUGUUGCAAUUUUUGAAAUACACUAUGGAAAAAACUGAGCCAAAGUGAAAAUAAUCCUCACCCUAGCUACAGUUUAGUUCUCUUUUGGGUUUUCCUAUCCCUCUUAUAAAGAGGAACACAGUUUAGUGUUGCUCAUAAUGUGCAACUGCUGUGUUUUGUUAUGAGUAAAACCAAUCUUUGGACUCACUGGUUUGCAAUCAUGUUUCAUUUGUGUUACUCUCGAACCUUAAGCCAACAACCCAUUGCAAAAUAUUGCAGAACAAUCAUAGGAGCCGUUUGCAUUUGCCAGAAACCUGAAAAUCCAGGAUUUUAAAGGUAGAUUAAACCCUAAAAACCUAGGUGUACUGAAGCAAAGUUAUGUUAGAUGAGACUUUCCCUGAUGAAACAUCACUAAUUUGUGCAGUCAUUUAUGUACCUACCAACCAAUCGCCUACUAUCAGCACUAUACCAAAGGCUUUCAGAUCUACUGUUUUGCCCAACAUGACUGAAACUGACUUUCAACAGAAAGAUUUAGCUUCUGUAUUUUACAGAAAACAAUGUAUGGCUGUGAUGUAAUUUGCAAAAGUAAGACAUGUGCUACUUUUCACGAGCAAACAAUGGUAUUACAAUACUGUAAAUUACACAAUUUAUACUUUUAAAUAACCUGGAUUAGGGAAGCACAUUUAAUAUAAAGUGAUGAACAGAGCAACAUACUGUAAAUUACAAGAGGAUGGUCAGCUCAUCUAAGCUCUUGGCACAGGAGUGGAUCUAAUGGAGUCUAAUGCCACAGAGGGCACCUGUGGCAGGGCAAAAGCCCUGCUGCUGUAAAGUUGGCAGGGAUGGGGUUAAAUCUGUCCCUGCCAGCAAUCACUGGUGUGGCCAUUCCACAGUUAGGUAAUUGGUGCUAAUUGGGGAGUGGCCACAUGUAUAAAAGACACCAGAAAUUCGUUGUUUGUUGGAGGGAGUCUUAAUUAGAGUCUCUAAUUUAAGUCCCUAAUUCUGCCAGUAACAUCUUGGGCCAUGACACUAGCCUGUCACAGCACUUUAUAGAUAAAAGCUAUUCUGACCACCAUGGGCAAACAUCCGCUCAACAAAACACAAUCUUUUUUAAUUUCAGAAUUUAUAGGUUUUUUGUAUAGGUAUAGGUUUUAUAAGGUAAGGUAUUUUAUAAGGUAUAUAAAAAGCUGAGUUGCAUAUGGUUACUCGUUCCAACCCUAAUCCUUACUCUAACCAUAACCAAAACCCACACCCUCAAUUAACCUAACAAAUUAUUAAUAUCUGCAGGCAUGUAUGUUCUUAUUUUCUUGUUUACCUUGUUUAUCUAUUUCUAACUUGUGUGAGGAUGUAUGCUGCUGGUAUGCUGCUUGUAAAUGAAAUACAAAUCUCAAUAGCUUUUACACAACGUUAUCAUGGUAAAUGGCCAUGGUAAUGGCCAUGGUUUCUAGCUGUACCACAGUUCUCUGUAGUUUACCGUGCUUGCCUGUGCUUUACCAGGCUUCAGCUACUAUGCUUUUAAAACACACACACACACACACACACACACACAAAAAUAAAGAAUACAUUAAACAACAAACAGCUUCAGGUUGAAAAGUUUGUCACGGAAUGCAUUGCAUUUCUUUUAGUAUUUCUAAAUUAAAUAGCUGCGGAUACUAACUAUACGUUAUUACAUAUCAAACAAUUCCUGACAACAAAGAAGCGAUUUCCCAAUACUAAAAUGUUUCAGGAAACCCAGGGCUGAAAAAUCUUGCAGUGAUAUAAAUAAGGAAGGAAACCCAACUGACUCAGAACAAGCAAGAACCCUGUUGAAAACAACAGCAAGAUGCUCAGAAAGACUGUCACUGAAAGCUUUGGAGCAACUAUUGAAGGCUUGAAGGCUUCACACCUGACCGAAACUGUUGUUGAGAGAAGCAAGAGGAUGAUUCUGGAUACACUCGGAGUGGGACUGCUUGGCACCAACACCAGUGUAUUCAAAAAAAUCCUACAAGUUCACUCCAUGGACUUUGAUGACACGUGGUAUCCUGCCACCCACCCUUCUGGAGCUGUUUUGCCUGCAGUGCUGGCUUUAGCAGAAGUGCUACCUCAGCAAAGCAAGCCUUCUGGAAUGGAUCUGCUCCUGGCCUUCAAUGUUGGCAUUGAAGUGCAAGGACGAUUAAUGAGAUUCUCCAAAGAAGCCAGCAACAUUCCCAAAAGAUUUCACCCUCCGGCUGUGGUUGGUACCAUGGGCAGUGCUGCAGCCACAUCUAAACUUCUCCACAUGGGGUCUGCCCAGUAUAGGGAGGUCCUGGCUAUAGCUGCUUCGUAUUCUGGGGCUCCCAUGGCAAAUGCAGCAACACAGACCAAACCCCUUCAUAUUGGCAACGCUGCCAGGAGAGGACUGGAAGCAUCUUAUUUGGCUCUCUUGGGGCUUGAAGGCAAUAAGAAUAUUCUUGACAUGAAGUCUGGGUUCGGUGCUUUCUACACUGAUUACACACCUGACAUGCUCCUAGGCCUGGACUCCUAUAGGUGGGUACUGGAGGAUCAGGAUGUGGCAAUCAAGCGUUUCCCAGCUCACUUGGGAAUGCACUGGGUGGCAGACGCAGCCACAGCCCUGAGGAUGAAACUGUUGGAGGAAAAUCUUCCCGUGGUGAAAAUUAAAAAAGUGGUGCUGAAAGUGCCAGAUGCCAGGUAUGUAAAGCGGCCCUUCCCUGCCUCAGAGCACGAAGCUCGGCACUCCUUUCAGUUUAACACCUGCACAGCUCUAGUAGAUGGAAGCAUUUCAGAGGAAUCCUUCAGCGAUCUAAACCUGCACAGACAAGAGAUCCGAGAUUUGCUUGAGAAGGUUCUAAUAGAGAACCCACAUGACAACCACUCUAAUUUUGACACAAUGUACUGUGAGGUAGGUGUGGAGAUGCACACUGGAGAGACCAUCACUGAGCGCUGCAACACAUUUUACAGGCACUGGAGGGAGCCACUGAGCCAAUAUGACCUGCUGAAGAAGUUUAAAGCCAACGCAUCCACUGUUUUGUCAAUGGAAGCAGUACAGGGUAUUAUAGAUACAGUGGCUAACUUAGAGAAGGUAACAGACUGCGCAGUGUUAAGUUCAUAUCUCCAAGUGAAAGAGAAAACAAACUAAGAAAUGAAUAUAUCUCACAGAUUAACUUUAGUUUUGUACACGAUAAGGAAAAUUAGGUUUGAUGGGCUAACAAAACCGACAAGUGUAAACCAGUUUUAGCCUCCCUGUCCAGACAAGUGGAUUUCCCCAUUUGCACAAUCUGUCAUACAAAUGAUAAGGCUAAAAAUCUGCUACAGCAUAAGGAAUGUUGAAUUUUUUAAGUAAACUGACAAAUAAUAUACAGCAGGUCAAGUACCACAGUACGCUUUGACGUUUUGUUUGUAUGCAUCAAAAAGGAGAACCACUUAACCAACAAAUGUAAUCAUUUUAUCCAACAUGUUCACUUUGUGUUAACAAAAGACAAAGAAUUCACACGAUACCUUGUAUGUAAAACAAUUUGUAAUAUGAAUAAAUAUAUGUGUGUGUGUAAAAA